CAAAUGAGUGAAUACAUUGUAGAAAGAUGAUCAUUCUGGAGAAUUGGUAGAGGAACGUUGCAAGUGUUAUCAUUCAUCCAUAUAAGAAAAAGCAACAGUUUCUAACCUUCUGAUAUCUGAAUCACAACGGAUGGAGUUGAGAUUAAGGCGGAAUUCACUCACAAAGCAUGUUUACUUCAGUACACAAGAACACAACAUACAUUCUUCAACAACAACCAUUCUUCUAUCUUACCCCACAGAACAAUACAGCCAGGCAGCUCCAAUGUUAGAAACAAAUACCAAAAUCAGAGUAAAAGAGUACAGCCCGGUAUUACAUGGUACCUAGUAAUGAAUUUAGGAUGGUCUCUCCCUACCACCCCAAGCCAAGAGGAAAAGGGUGAAAUAGCAAGGAGAAAAACUGAACCAGCAUCACUGCAUCAGACAUUAGCAUCAACUUCGGCUGCUGAUAUACAGGCUAUAGAUACAAUGACAAUGCGCAUAGUUUGGCUCGAGUAUUUUUCAGUUAGACCAUACAUGAACAAGGCCAUGGCGGUUGCCCGUAUAAAUCUCAUUGCGUUCUUCGUCAUAGAAAAGUGCAGUUAUAUCUUCAAGUGCCUCAGCUGCUGUACUUCUCAUAGACGUGUGCUUCUGUUGUUUUGAGCCACUAUUACUGCUACUGCUACUACCACUACCAGUACAGCUCUCAACACCUUUUGGACUGCCAUUGGAGGCAUUUAUUUUAGCCAAACACUUCCCUGUCAAAAUAUUGCUGACAUUGAUAGACCCAGCUGCAGCAACAACAUCAGCAUCAUGGUGAGACAAUCACACCACAACUCACCAGACAAUUUAAACAGAGAAUACGAAAAAAUCCAUGACAGCAAUUAAAGACUCAAACAGGACAAGUUACAGAGGACCUCCACAGCAGACACCCCCUAAUAUGCUGUUGCAACAUGUGCUUGAUUACGAUCAUUAGCACCAAAACAUUCAAAAUAGUUGCAUACCAAGGCAUGUGGUAAUGGAUCCGAAAUAAUUUAAACAGGAACACCUGGUCACAUGAACACUGAUCAACCGACACCGGCAUUUUUACAUUAUUUCUUUUUAGUUUAGCUUACUAGUGCCCUACUCUGCAUCAUCAUCAUUGCAUACCACCACUCAUUUCAAAUUAUUUCUUCAACAUUCUUCCAAUAAUAGAACCUCAAUCACUUACGGGACGCUUCGUGAAUUUGAAAAAUGAAGGUUUUUGUAAAAUCUGGAUUUUGAAAAACCAUGGAUGUAUGAUGGAUUUGGUGGCAUUAUGAAUUUGAGCAAGUAUAUUGUGUGCUUGUUAGAUUUUAUGGUUUUAAAACAUAAAUUACUUAACUACCCUUAGAGGCUAAGAUGUUUACAUUGCAACAUUGACACUACCAACCAAAGAAAGAAGGGACGAGCAGGUAAAGACUUGCAAUAUAGGAUAUAAUAACUCACUAACGUGAUAAUUAGGAGGUUUAUACAAACACAACAAAUGCAAAGAACAAGCGUUGAGGAUUACAGUUCCCUUCUUGCUGGGACUAGAGCAAAACCAAAGACGAAUGGAAUUGAAAGAGAGAAAAUUAUGGAUUCACUACAUAAAUAAGAAUCGAUCAUGGCUUGGCACUAAUAAUUAACAACUAAUUGGGCCAUGUACACAGAAAAAUAUGAAAUUAGAAUCCAUCGCUUCCUUCGACGAAUUUACAUCGCAAGUUGCAACAUAAGAUUAAGCAUGGCAAUAACAAAAUAUGUAGGGAUAAUAAUGUGAAAGUACAUCAUGGAUUUAAAUCCACGAUGAAAUCCUAGCUAGAACUUCCAAGUCUGUGAGGUCCACAGAUUUGGAUCCCCAAAAUCUGUGUGCCCCACAGAUUUUAUCUUCCUAAUUCCGUAAGGCAAACGAUGGAUUUUCGUUCAAGUCCAUGAGGAUGGGUUUCCAUGACCAAAUCCAUCAUCAAAACCCUCAAGCAAACAACCCGUUAAUGGGGAAAUAUAUCAUUUAGUUAGCUCCUUUAUUAUAGGGGGAAGGGAAAGUUACCAUUUGCUUCCAUCCACUGAUCAUCAGAUUCAGCCUUGCAGUAGGAAAUAAUCAGAUCCUGAUCGCUUGUUAUAUAUAUGUUAUUGGUGUUGCAGUCAGGAUGCCAUAAUAGGUGGUCCUCAAAAGAGGUUACGAGCUCCCCGCGGAAAUUCCAGACGGCAACAGUCCUAUUUCUGAAUGUUAAGAACAAUUGGUUCUCAUACAAGAAGAUGAAGGCAGAUGGGGUCAUGAAUUCAGUUCUACUGACUUCUAUCAGCUCAGCAUUUCGAACCUGCAGAAACCAGAAAUUUAUGUAGUUGAAAAUGAGAAUGGUGGAUACAAACAAGAUGGUUGUUUUUCGUUAGCUUUUCAAACCGGUGUCUGCCUAUUCCUCCUUUGACGACUCACGGUAGAGAGCCUAAAUUUUCCGAUGUGGACUGAAAGAAGUUGGGUAUGGACAUAGAUCCAUCCACAUUCCGGUAGUGUUAAAUAUAAAGCUAUUGUUCUUAUCACUGGAAGCAAUCAAUCUUCACUACGAUAAGAACCCAACAAUGAAAAUACAAACAUAAC